AAAUCGCAAAAGCAAUCUACAUCCUCAGCCGCGAUGCCUGCUCUCUGGUUUGAGUUCUCACAACGUCAGCCUCUCAGAGCUUCGAGAAGUCUUACAUGCAAGGAGUGCUGCACGCUGAAUCCCGAAACCCGCCCAUUCAGGUCAGCCUGAGGUCCCAAGGGUUCUGUCGUCACAGCGAUCGCCGUCCCGACAAGCUUCGUAGCGCUCCCUCAUAAACGACAUGCGAAGCCGGAGCGGGAAAGGGCACGCUUGCGCAGAAGCAGCAAGAGCUCGUUCUGCUACAGUAAGUCAGCACGGCUCACCAACGCUCGUGCUUGCCAGGCUGGCAAAGCGAACAAAAUCCCCUGUUUGAAAGCUUGAACGUGACACGGUUGAGUCGUUGGCUGCUGAAUCAUGGGCCCUUGGGCGCUGUUACGCGCCCGCCGUUGAUCUCUCACACUUUCUGACAGUGGCUCCAUGGCUGUGAUUGGCCUGGUAUGCAAAGCCGUGAGAACGUCGGUCUUUCACGCUGGGACCCUUAACCGCCAUCCAAGACCGCCAUCUCGGUUGCGGAAAAACAGGACCGAUUUUCAAACGACGGUGACCUUGUCGGUGGGAUUCCGACCGUCUGGGCGACCAUACGACGUCAACCGCUCCUGGCGAUACGUCGCCCGCGGCGGCCGCCCACAACGUGGACCGGAAAGGAUUGCGAGCAGUUUGUGCGACAUCACGUGCGCACUCUACUCCUCGUCAACGCGCUGGCGGCUCUGCCGGCUCAAUGCUCCGCGCCGGCGGAUACAGAGAUUCUGGUCUGCAGUCGGCGCUCGAGCCCCAGAAACCGGUGAAAGAUGCGAUCUGACGUGCGACGUGCAGACGCGCACCCCUUCCGAACGCGCGACGAGCGCGGUAAGCUUCGUCAAACUCGAGACUGUCCUGCCAUGUCCCGCAUGUGUCCUCGUGCAGACGUCGACACCGUUGGUCGUCCGUUGAAGGCUCGUCGCGCCCUAGAGGGCUGAUGGCGCGGACUAGGGGUGCUCGAGCGGGAGCUUGGUUGACGUGUUCCCCAAGCUUUCCCAGCCCGGACCAGCUAAGACAUCCAGGCCAACACGGGC